AUGGAGACCCAUAAGCAUAGACCUUCCCUGGCCCGGUGGUCACUGUCACUGCUGCUGCUGGGCCUGCUGAUGCCCCCAGCCAUCGCCCAGGACCUCAGCUACCGAGAGGCUGUGCUGCGUGCUGUGGAUGCCUUCAACCAGCGGUCCUCGGAGGCCAACCUCUACCGCCUCCUGAGCCUGGACCCCCAGCCUCUGGAGGAUGAGAACCCAUACACCCCGCAGCCUGUGAGCUUUAAGGUGAAGGAGACGGAGUGCCCCCGGACAACAUGGAAGCUACCAGAGCAGUGUGACUUCAAGGAAGAUGGGCUGGUGAAGCAGUGUGUGGGGACUGUGACACGGUACCAGGCCUGGGACUCCUUUGACAUCCGCUGCAACAGCGCCCAAGAGUCCCCAGAACCUACUGGGCUGCGUAAGCGCUUACGAAGAAUUAAAAACAAGAUUAAAGCAAAGCUUAAAAAAAUUGGUCAGAAAAUCCAGGGUUUGUUGCCGAAACCUGCACCCAGGACGGAUUACUAGGGUCUGCCCUGCCCUGGCUCAGGCUUCUGGACUCUGAAAAAUAAACUGUG